UUUUUUUGAUUUCCAAGAUAUUUUUCACUCAGGCGCUACCUUCUCUAUAUAUUCCAAGCCCUCCUCCCCUUUUUCCCUCUCUUCUUGCCGCCUUCGCUCCCUCUCCACUUCUCCGGGAAAGAGAGGAGAUCCGUGGCGUUGGAUUACGUCCGCCCGAGAAAUCCGAGCGGAAUCAGGGCAUCUGCGUUCCAUUUUUGACGGAUCGAAGCAGUCAUGGUGGGGAGCGUGGGGAAGGUAUCCAUGGAUCUGCGGGAGAAGGCGGACCUGCUGCCGGAGGAGUUCGAUCCGAAGGAGAUCUCGGCCCCCGUGGAUUCUCAGCCGAAUGGAGUCUUGGAGGGCAUGGACGGGAAGAGCCGGGAGAUCGUACUCGGGAGGAACGUGCACAAAUUGUGCUUCGCCAUUAACGAGCCCGAGGCGGACGACGAGGUCACCGGGGAGAGGGAGGCUUAUAUGGCCAGCGUCCUGGCGAGGUACAGGAAAUCCCUCAUUGAGAGGACCAAGCACCAUUUAGGUUACCCCUACAAUUUGGACUUUGAUUAUGGUGCUCUGAGCCAGCUGCAACAUUUUUCCAUCAACAAUCUUGGUGAUCCUUUCAUUGAAAGCAACUACGGCGUCCAUUCCAGGCAAUUCGAAGUGGGAGUAUUAGAUUGGUUUGCUCGUCUGUGGGAAUUAGAAAGGAAUGAAUACUGGGGUUACAUCACAAAUUGUGGUACCGAAGGGAAUCUACAUGGUUUUCUUGUCGGGCGGGAAGUUUUUCCGGAUGGAAUCUUGUAUGCCUCAAGGGAGUCCCAUUACUCGGUUUUUAAAGCAGCAAGGAUGUAUCGAAUGGAAUGCAUAAGGGUUGACACUCUGGUCUCUGGCGAGAUUGAUUGCAAGGAUUUCAGAAACAAACUAGUCCAAAACAAGGGAAAACCAGCCAUUGUCAAUGUCAACAUUGGAACAACGGUGAAGGGAGCAGUUGAUGAUCUUGAUAUGGUUAUACAAACUCUUGAAGAAAGUGGGUUUAGAGAUAGAUUCUAUAUUCACUGUGAUGGUGCUCUCUUUGGGCUUAUGAUGCCAUUCGUUAAACGUGCACCUAAAGUAACAUUCAAAAAGCCUAUAGGAAGCGUGAGCGUGUCUGGCCACAAAUUUGUUGGAUGUCCUAUGCCUUGCGGUGUUCAGAUAACCAGAUUGGAGCACAUCAAAGUCCUUUCAAGCAACGUCGAGUAUCUUGCUUCCAGGGAUGCCACCAUCAUGGGCAGCCGCAAUGGUCAUGCCCCAAUCUUCCUCUGGUAUACCCUGAACAGGAAAGGUUACAGGGGAUUUCAGAAAGAAGUCCAGAAGUGCUUGAGGAAUGCUCACUAUCUCAAAGAUCGUCUUAAAGCAGCAGGAGUCAGUGCAAUGCUUAAUGAGCUCAGCAGCACCGUGGUAUUUGAGAGGCCGAAAGAUGGUGAGUUUGUCCGCCGCUGGCAACUUGCUUGUGAGGGAAAUAUUGCUCAUGUUGUGGUGAUGCCCAACGUCACAGUUGAGAAGCUUGACACUUUCUUGAACGAACUGAUUCAGAAUCGUUCUAGCUGCUAUGAGGAUGGAAAUAUUCCUUUUCCCUGUAUUGCAGCAGAUAUAGGUGAUGAGAACUGUCUCUGUUCUCUGCAUCAGAAAUGAUGCUUUGUUGUGUUAGAGGCUUCUUGUUUUGCCGUUUGAUGCGGCUUCUUGUUUUGUUGUUUGAUGCGGCGAACUCGUAUGGCUUGUGGCCCGUUGUAGCAGGAAAUAACUUUUGGUAAUCAUAGAGGAACUAUUCUUACUCUAUUCCAGUA